UUCAUGUCUUCUACUAUGAUGCCUUAACCACCCCAUUUCUUUCUUAUUUAUAUCACUACACAACCCUUCAUCUCAUUACACCAUGGCUUCCUUCACAGUUGGUCCUCAUCAUCGCCAUUUGUCACAUGACUCUGAUGAGGUUCGCCCUCCUACUCGACAAUCUGCUUCAUCGAAAGUACAAUGCCGAGUUUGUGGUGAUGAGAUUGGAUAUAAGGAAGAUGGAGGGUUAUUUGUGGCAUGUUAUGUGUGUGGCUUCCCUGUUUGUCGACCCUGCUAUGAGUAUGAGAGAAGUGAAGGCACACAGUGCUGUCCUCAGUGCAACACUCGCUAUAAGCGUCACAAAGGAUCUCCUAGAGUAGUAGGAGAUGAAGAGGAGAACUUUGAUGCAGAUGAUUUUGAUGAUGAAUUUCAGAUUAAGACUGGCCAUGAUCAUGAUGAUGUUAAUCAUGCGGAAGAUAAAGACAAGAAGGAACAGCAGUGGCAUCCCAAUGCCACCGGCAAGGACAUUGAAGGGGACAAAGAAUUCUACAGCAAUGCAGAGUGGGAAGAAAGGGUAGAGAAAUGGAAAGCCAGACAAGAAAAGAAAGGCCUCCUAAACAAAGAAGAAGGAAAAGACGAUCAAGAUGAAGAAGAAGAUGAGUACCUUUUGGCUGAAGCUAGACAACCAUUGUGGCGUAAAGUUCCAAUAUCUUCAAGCCUGAUCAACCCAUACCGGAUAGUGAUUGUGAUGAGGCUGGUGAUUCUGGCUUUCUUCUUGCACUUCCGCAUCAUGACUCCAGCACAUGAUGCUUUCCCACUGUGGUUAACAUCUGUGAUAUGUGAGACAUGGUUUGCAUUCUCAUGGAUCCUUGACCAGUUCCCUAAAUGGUUCCCCAUCACGCGCGAGACUUACUUGGACCGCUUGUCCAUAAGGUUCGAGCGCGAAGGGGAACCAAACAAGCUUUCCCCUGUUGAUGUCUUUGUCAGUACUGUGGACCCUUUGAAGGAACCUCCAAUCAUAACAGCCAACACCGUCCUUUCCAUCCUCUCCGUCGAUUACCCGGUCGAAAAGGUUUCCUGCUAUGUAUCAGAUGAUGGUGCUUCUAUGCUUCUCUUUGACACACUCUCUGAAACCUCUGAGUUUGCAAGAAGAUGGGUUCCAUUUUGCAAGAAGCAUAAUAUUGAGCCAAGAGCUCCUGAGUUCUAUUUCUCUCAGAAAAUCGAUUACUUGAAAGACAAGGUACAUCCUAUGUUUGUCAAGGAACGCAGGGCCAUGAAGAGAGAAUAUGAAGAAUUUAAAGUGAAGAUUAAUUCUUUGGUGGCAAAGGCUCAGAAGAAACCAGAGGAAGGUUGGGUGAUGCAGGAUGGAACACCAUGGCCUGGGAAUAACACUCGUGAUCAUCCAGGAAUGAUUCAGGUGUAUUUGGGAAGUGCUGGUGCACUUGACGUGGAAGGCAAGGAACUGCCGCGACUUGUGUAUAUUUCGCGUGAAAAACGUCCUGGCUAUCAACACCACAAAAAAGCUGGUGCCAUGAAUGCUUUGGUUCGAGUUUCUGCUGUGCUUACAAAUGCACCUUUCAUGUUGAAUUUGGAUUGUGACCACUACAUCAACAAUAGCAAGGCUAUAAGAGAAGCUAUGUGCUUCUUAAUGGAUCCUCAGCUUGGGAAGAAGCUCUGCUAUGUCCAAUUCCCACAAAGGUUCGAUGGUAUUGAUCGACAUGAUAGAUAUGCCAAUCGCAACAUUGUAUUCUUCGAUAUCAAUAUGAAAGGCCUAGAUGGGAUCCAAGGUCCAGUGUAUGUUGGUACUGGAACUGUUUUCAAUAGGCAGGCAUUGUACGGAUAUGAUCCACCGGUGUCCGAGAAAAGGCCGAAGAUGACGUGUGAUUGUUGGCCUUCCUGGUGCUGCUGCUGUUGUGGUGGUUCAAGGAAAUCAAAGUCAAAGAAGAAAUCUGGUGGAGGAGGUCUCUUCAGUAAAUUGUACAAGAAGAAAAAGAUGAAGGGGAAGAACUAUGUUAGAAAAGGGUCUGAGCUCAUGUUUGAUCUUGAAGAGAUUGAAGAAGGGCUUGAAGGCUUUGAUGAGCUAGAGAAAUCAUCUCUAAUGUCUCAGAAACAGUUUGAGAAGCGAUUCGGGCAGUCGCCUGUUUUCAUUGCUUCCACUUUGAUGGAGAAUGGUGGACUUCCUGAAGGCACCAAUUCUCAAAAUCUUAUAAAGGAGGCCAUUCAUGUUAUAAGUUGUGGCUAUGAAGACAAAACGGAAUGGGGAAAAGAGAUUGGGUGGAUUUAUGGCUCAGUGACAGAAGAUAUCUUAACAGGGUUCAAAAUGCACUGUAGAGGGUGGAAAUCAGUGUACUGCAUGCCAAAGAGACCAGCUUUCAAGGGAUCUGCACCAAUAAAUCUAUCAGAUAGGUUGCACCAAGUUUUGAGAUGGGCUCUUGGUUCUGUUGAAAUUUGCCUUAGUCGCCAUUGUCCCCUGUGGUAUGGUUAUGGAGGAAAGCUUAAGUGGCUAGAAAGGAUGGCUUAUACCAACACCAUAGUAUAUCCAUUCACUUCCAUUCCUCUCCUUGCAUAUUGCAUACUACCAGCUGUGUGUCUUCUUACUGGAAAAUUCAUCAUUCCCACCUUGACAAACCUUGCUAGUGUUUGGUUCAUGGCUCUAUUUAUAUCCAUCAUCCUAACCGGUGUCCUUGAGCUUCGGUGGAGUGGAGUUAGCAUCGAAGAUUGGUGGCGAAACGAGCAAUUUUGGGUGAUUGGAGGAGUUUCGGCACACCUUUUUGCUGUGUUCCAAGGCCUCCUGAAAGUUCUUGGAGGAGUAGACACCAACUUCACAGUUACAGCAAAAGCAGCAGAUGAUACUGAGUUCGGAGAGUUAUACCUUUUCAAGUGGACAACACUUCUGAUCCCACCAACCACCCUCAUAAUAUUGAACAUGGUUGGGGUUGUGGCUGGUGUCUCUGAUGCCAUUAACAAUGGAUAUGGCACAUGGGGACCUUUAUUUGGGAAGCUAUUCUUUGCAUUUUGGGUUAUUGUUCACUUAUAUCCUUUCCUAAAGGGUCUCAUGGGAAAGCAAAACAGGACUCCAACCAUUGUGGUUUUAUGGUCAAUUCUGCUAGCAUCCAUUUUCUCAUUGAUUUGGGUGAGGAUCGAUCCAUUCUUGCCUAAGCAAACUGGUCCAAUACUCAAGCAGUGUGGAGUUGAAUGCUAAUUAAGCAACUGCACCAGGGGCUGCAGGGGUUCAUCUAUUCAUUUGAUAUGAUGCAAAUGUAUCUUUUUGUUUUCUUAUUAUUAUAUAGUUAAUUGAGGCUUUAAUUUGCCUCUCUCAGAAGAGUUUAUCAAGAGUAUAUGUAUAGGCUUAAAAUGCAAAUGUGGCUAUACUUGGAAACUUUGAAUGGACCAUACACCAAACCAGAUACAUGUACUUUGCCUCUCUUUCUCUCUUAAAAAUUAUGUCUAAAUAUAUAGUAUAUUAAAAGUUUAAAA